CCGCGUGCGACGUGCUCGCGCCUGCGCUGCGUUUUAAACAGUUCUCCCACGAGCUCCGUGAUUCAGUCACACACACACGCGCGCACCGAGCAGAGGCACGAGGAGCCGAGUCUGUCCCCGCGGCUUCCGUAGAUCAUCACCCGGCGUGUGUGUUUGUUAUAAAUGACACCGGAGUGUUUCCAUGUUGGAGGACAGAGAGUGUGUGUGUGUGUGUGUGUGGACUACAAACCUGCACCUGAGUUUUGGGAAACAUCACCUGAGGCGCACGAGCAUCGUCGUUUGCAUGAACGCGUGCAGAUAAAAGCAGUGGAUGCAACUUCGCUCCAUUCGUAGGGGAAGAGGUGGGUGAGGCCCUUUCUGAAGACGACCACAGGUGGUUCCACCUCGGCUGAAUUUAUCUCCAAGCGCACCAUGUCCCUCAGCACUUUCCACCUCGUGCAAACACUCAAGAACUCUCCCGCUGCCUUUCGUCGGCGCUUUCGCCGCGACCGCACAGAGUCCCUGUCCCACGGCGACCCCCUCUUCAAAGUCCACUACCUGGGCACAGAGAAAAUCUUCUCCCUGGACCGAGAGCAGGCCCAGGACGCCAUCAGCCACCUGCUGGACGGCAUCUCUAAUGGGAAGAAGCUGAGCAAGGAUCACGCCCUGGUGGUUCGACCGAGGUACGUCGAGGUCAAGGAGCUGAGCACGGGGCGGCAGCUCACGAAGACGUACCUGCAGGACAUUGCGUACUGCGCCGCCGACGCCAACCGGCCCAACGUCUUCCUGUACAUCUGCAAGCAUCAAGGCCAGCAGCUGCAGUGUCGGGUGUUCUGGUGCAGCCGGGCGGAGCGGGCACGGGACAUGACGGCGUGCCUGGCCCACUCCUUCCAGCAGGCGCUCAGCGACUGGCAGCAGGACGGCUCGGCCACGCUGACGACAGGGGAGGUGAAGGGGAAAAGUGUGGAGGAGUCGUCCAACUCUCCCACCAUCAACAAGAGCUCCACCCUGCCCGCCAGUCUGGGAAAAGUGCGCUGGAAGAAGCGAGGCUCCGUGUCCCGCAGCCCCCUGAGGGCCAUCACCAGGAGAGGGUCCGCCUCAGACAGCUGGAACUGAACCCCGGCUUUAACCCCUCGAACAUGAUGGGACCACAUCGACUUAACGACGACAGCACUGACGGGAGGGAGGGAGUGAUUUUUACAAGACAGAACAGAAGGAAGGACGACGGGAGGGGGGGGGGGAUGCUGCAGGAAAGUGGAGGAAAGUCCAUAUUUGGACAGCGUGUGUGGGGACUCUGCUUGUGAGAGGAUGUUAUGUGUGUGGACUCGAAGGUUUGUGACGCAGCACAGGUGUCUGUUGACGUGCGGCGUCCACUGCAGCACACGAUGCCAUUGACGGCUUCCUUUGUUCGCCUGUCAGCAGCGAUCUGAGGACUUGUGGCUGGCCAUGAGACGUUUGAGGAC